AUGGAGGUAGCCGAAAGCAGAGAGCAAGCCUCCGUCGGUCCAACGACGGGGGCAGAAUCUACCAUGACCAAUGGCGAACGAAAUCCCUUCUUGGAUGACCCGCUCAUGGACGAUGGACGCUCUAGCAGCUUGAGUGAAAUCGACGAUGUUUCAGACGACGAGCCGUCUGACUUUGAAGAGUCUCCUAAACCCGAGAGGCAGCUUGAAAACGACUCGGAGGCGGAAACUGAGCGCCUCGAAGACUCCCCUCACAACAUUCGAAAGCGAGACAUCGUACUCAGCGUUGGCAGCGCUGGUCCUAGUCCCAGUAAACUCCAUCAGUCCACUACCCUGGAGGACGUGGACGAGGAAGAGGAGCAUGCGCUGGAUGACUCGCCUAGCAAGAGGCGACCCUCUCAAAACAAUGGAAUUAUCGAGGAAGGUAUGGAGUUGCUCGAUGACGUUGAGCUUCCCGAUAGCAUUGGGAAGAAACGCAAACGCGUUGAGCUCGGUGACGACACUGGCACAGAAAUCGGCGACGAUGAGCCACUGAAGAAACGCCGGAGCUCCCUCAAAAGCGAUUUGAGCGACCUAAUCGACGAUGAUACCCCUCUCUCCCCAGAGCCAAUGAUGGAUGACCCUACCGCGACCAUGGACGACGAACUUCCGGUCGACGACCUUCCCGAAUCAGACCUACCCACUGUGACAACUAAAGGAAAGAAGAGCAAAAAGGGUAAACGAAAAGGAAAACGAAAUGCAGAUACGGAGGGGGAUACGGAAGGCGGCGAGCUCAUCGCAGAGGAUGCUGUUGACGAUACCCUCGUCGAAGAUGAAGAGCCGGUGGAACGUGUCGAGGGACCCCACAAUGCAGACGUCGCUGCCAGAGUUGAAGAAGAAUCUGCGAAAAAGAUGUCUGCGAUGGAGUCGUUAGCAACGCUAGAAAAAGAAUUCGCAGCGUUGCGUGAUAAGAUCUAUGAUGAGCGGAUCUCGAAACUUAAUCGUGAGCUAGAAAUGCUGAACGGACCAAACCCGACCCAUCCCGAAUAUCUGCGCCAGAUCGAGUGUGUACAACAUUACCGGGAUGCUAAGCUCCAAUACGAACGGACCUUGUACCACUACCGCAUGAAAUCACUUGUUACUAAGAGCAUGGCCGAACGUGCGCAAGCUCUCAGCACCUUCUUCCAAAAAGUUCGGGAUGUGCGCGAAGUCCACUCAAGCGCGAUCAGCCAGCAAUUCUAUGCCAUCCAGCAUGAUCGCUUCAAGACCGACGAACUAAGCCCCCACCACAUCAUCCCAUUCCCUACCCGUCGAUCUCAACAAAUUGCGCACCAAGCUGCGUACAAUCAAGAGGUUUCGGUCAUGGCAGGUGUUGCAAAAUACGUUGGUUUCCCAGCCGCUCCAACCUUGCUAGGAGCUCGCCCAUCAGAGCUAGACGACGAUUUGGAGAAGAUGGGAAUUACAGUCGAACCUCGUGUCGUGGCCUCAAGACAAUCGCAAUCGUCCGCCACGUUACAACCUCGCGGUGCCAUGUCAGCCAUGUCAUCCAAUAUGUUCCGCACUGCAGCCGAAGCCGAAGAAGCCUUUUUGGAGCAAACACCCUGGGCCAACCCGCAACAUCCAAUCCAUCAGCAACAAGCCCAACACCAAUAUCCUCAAUCUCAUCGACCUCAAGGGCGGGCCUUUGAGGCCCCUAAUACAUCAUCAUUUGCGACACCCGCAGCUCAGAAGCGGAUGGUGGAUGUGCAUGCUCCGAAUGGAUCAGCAUCCACCAUUCCCGAGAAUGCUUCAGCUGCGAAUUCAUCGGCCAACAACACCCCUUACGGCAUUGAACAAGACCCGCGACACCCACAUCAAGGGUCGUGGCGACAUCCGGACUAUGACAACGAGCGUAAAUCCGGCUUCCGCUCCCAAAGUUCCUCCCCACUCGAUGUUCGAAAAUCUCAACCACACCCGAGUCACGGCCUUGAGCACCGUUCUCCACUAGCAGACGUCUCUUCCGCCCGCAAUCCUCUCUUCUCCCCCCUCCCCCUGCUCGAUCAAGUCUGUUCCAACACUCUGUCGGUCCAAAACCAGAUACUUCCCCCCUGA